GUGUGUGCCUGUGUGUUUGCGUGUUUCUAGGUGUGUGUGUUUGUAUGGGUGGGGGUGUUGGAAUCUCCUAGUUUGGACUCUUUCCAUUAGUCUGUAGGGCUUCCCCCUUUAGUGACUCAGUGUCAUCUCCCCGUGCUCGCACACCCACACACCCAUACACCCAUACACCCACACACACACACACACACACAGUCAAGUGCACCGUCACCCGACACAUAACACACUUGCGCUCACCCUCACCCUCGCACUCUCUCUUAUUCUCUCUCUCGGUACACACUCUGCUCAGACAGUGCAAGCGUACAGUACAAACACUCGCUGGUGGCCUCUGCUCUGUCCUUGACGAGCUCCUGCGACACAACCAACCAGUGCCACCAGCAGCAGGAGCAACAGCAGCAGUUCUGGGGGAAGUUCAGCAACUGAAACUAAAAGCAGGAGCUUUGGUGGAAUUUCCAGCAACAGAAAGUACCAACAUCAGUGAUGGUGAAACUCUUGUACUAGCCUCAGUGAUGGUGAAACUCUUGUACUAGCCUCAGUGAUGGUGAAACUCUUGCACUAGCAUCUGCAUAUCCAGUGGAACUUCAGGAGCAGAACAAACAAUGUCAGAAGAAAUGGUGUUGGUGAAACUCAAGUGAUAACUUCUAGUGGAACUCCUGAAGCAAAAGCAACAGGAGCAGAACAAGCAGUUCUGGUGGAGUUCCGUUCCAGUCCCAGAAUUAGUUCUAUUUGAAUUCCAGUUCCAGAACCAGGAACAAUUGUAGUUCCGGAACAAACAGCAGCAUUAUUAGUUCCAGUGGAGCUCAAGCAUUGGCAUGGUGUCUCCCAAGGGCUGGCUGCCCGCCCUCCGGCAGCUGCUGGGGGGCCCCGGUCAGCUGCAGCUCCGGCUCAAGGCUCUGGCUCUGCGGAGGUUCAUGCCGGGGGGAUCACAGCAUUGGGAGCCACCAGCACCCCCAGCAGCAGCAACAGGAACCCACAGGACUGAGGAGGUGACAGUGAAGGAGAUCAGCAUCACACACCAUGUCAAAGAGGGCUCGGAGAAGGCCGACCCCAGACAGUUUGAACUGCGCAAGGUCCUGGGACAGGGAUCCUUUGGAAAGGUGUUUUUGGUGAAGAAGGUCACAGGGCCCGACGCUGGACAGCUCUACGCCAUGAAGGUCCUGAAGAAGGCCACGCUCAAAGUUCGUGACCGGGUGAGGACGAAGAUGGAGCGGGACAUCUUGGUGGAGGUGAACCACCCCUUCAUCGUCAAGCUGCACUACGCAUUCCAAACAGAAGGGAAGCUCUAUUUGAUUCUAGACUUCCUUCGAGGAGGAGAUCUCUUCACUCGUCUGUCAAAAGAGGUGAUGUUCACAGAAGAAGACGUCAAGUUCUACCUGGCGGAGUUGGCCUUGGCCCUGGACCAUCUGCACGGCCUCGGCAUCAUCUACAGGGACCUCAAGCCGGAGAAUAUCCUCCUGGAUGAAGAGGGACACAUCAAGCUGACAGACUUCGGCCUGAGUAAGGAGGCUAUAGACCAUGAGAAUAAGGCCUACUCCUUCUGUGGCACGGUGGAGUACAUGGCCCCUGAGGUGGUCAACAGGAGGGGACACACACACAGCGCAGACUGGUGGUCUUACGGGGUGCUGAUGUUUGAAAUGCUGACUGGAACAUUGCCAUUCCAAGGCAAGGACCGCAAGGAAACCAUGACGAUGAUUCUAAAGGCCAAGCUGGGCAUGCCACAGUUCCUGAGUCCCGAAGCACAGAGCCUCCUCAGAAGCCUCUUCAAGAGGAACCCGUCCAACAGGCUCGGGGCCGGCCCAGACGGUGUGGAGGAGAUCAAAAGACAUUCAUUCUACUCAACCAUAGACUGGAACAAACUGUUCAGACGAGAGAUCCACCCUCCGUUUAAACCCGCCUCCGGCCGACCAGAUGACACGUUCUACUUCGACCCAGAGUUCACAGCCAAGACUCCCAAAGACUCCCCCGGCGUGCCCCCCAGUGCCAACGCCCACCAGCUCUUCCGAGGCUUCAGCUUCGUGGCCAUAGAGGACGAGAUACAGCCCCUGCCCACAAGCAACACGAUCUCCAUAGUCCAGCAGCUGCACAGAAACACAUCUCAGUUCAGCGAGACGUAUGAGAGCAAGGAGGACAUCGGAGUGGGAUCCUACUCCAUCUGCAAACGCUGCAUACAGAAGAGCACGGGCAUGGAGUACGCUGUCAAGAUCAUUAAUAAGUCCAAGAGGGACCCCACAGAGGAGGUGGAGAUUCUCCUGCGAUACGGACAACACCCCAACAUCAUCACCCUCAAAGACGUGUAUGACGACGGGCGAUCGGUGUACCUGGUGACGGAGCUCCUGAAGGGCGGAGAGCUGCUGGAUAAGAUCCUGAGACAGAAGUUCUUCUCCGAGAGGGAGGCCAGCGCCGUGCUGCACACCAUCACCAAGACUGUCGAGUACCUGCACAGCCAAGGGGUGGUCCACAGAGACCUGAAGCCGAGUAAUAUCCUGUAUGUGGAUGAGCUGGGCAACCCGGAGUCCAUCCGCAUCUGUGACUUCGGCUUCGCCAAGCAGCUGAGGGCGGAGAACGGCCUGCUGAUGACGCCCUGCUACACCGCCAACUUCGUAGCCCCAGAGGUCCUGAAGAAGCAAGGCUACGAUGCAGCCUGUGACAUCUGGAGUCUUGGCGUGCUUCUCUACACCAUGUUGACUGGCUUCACCCCAUUUGCUAAUGGACCUGAGGACACACCGGAAGAGAUCCUGGCUCGGAUCGGGAGUGGCCAGUUUUCCCUGACGGGCGGUUACUGGAACUCAGUGUCAGUGGAUGCAAAGGACCUGGUGUCUAAGAUGCUGCAUGUGGACCCCCACCAGAGGCUGUCUGCGGCCCAGGUGCUCAGACACCCCUGGAUCGUGCACAAGGACCAGCUGCCCAAGUUCCAGCUCAACAGACAAGACGCCCCGCACUUGGUCAAGGGAGCUAUGGCUGCAACAUAUUCCGCCCUCAACCGGAACAUCACCCCAGUUCUGGACCCUGUGGGCUGUUCCACUUUGGCUCAGCGGCGGGGGGUCAAGAAACUCACGUCCACAGCCCUCUGAAAUACACUUCCCGACCUCCAUCCAUCCAUCCAUCCAUCUUCCUCUCCUCAUCUGUCCUUUGGGUGUAUGGUCAGGGCAGGGCAUGGCCACUAAACGGGACCUGGAGGCUACCAUAUGAUAUGAUGCUACUGCACUGAGGCCGUCCCCUGAUCUGGCCACUGAUGCCAAAUAGACCCAGACAGACCAGACGCCCACUUAACUUUACUUGACGAUCAACUCCCUCCCUCCAGCCUACCUGUGGUGAACUGAGAAACUGCAAAAAAAAAAAGAGAGCCCCUUUGCUUGUAGAAGCCACUACGGUCUCCAACCAAAUUAAACAGGCAGUCCCACCCAGCACAGUAGUGUCUGUUUUGAGAGGUGGAGAGCGGACUGCAAAGGGAUGCGUAUACUCACAUCAUGCACAUAUACUACAUGCAUACAGCCUGCACCACCUACAGCACGUCUGAAGGUCAAAUGUAUAAUGCAAAAAAAAAGAUGAUUGUAUUCAGUGUGACUUGUCGGUAAUGACGAGGCACCAUUGCAAAGCACACUCCCAGCCAACCCCCUUUAUGACCGGGUAGUUAAGGAUGAUCUGGAUAAAAAAAAUACAGUGACGCCACUGCUGGAUCAGUUGCUGAUGGAGGUCUGAUUGAUUGUAAACACUCCUUUGUCUGUACUGUACAUGCGUAUAAACCUCCAAACUCCAUGUGUGAUCUUAGGCAGCCUGAACUCUCUGAGAUGUUGGGGUGACAAAUGAAUAGAAAACUUCAGCACUUCAGCCAAUGAAUAUUUCAGACUCAAGGCUUUAGAGGAAAUCCCUCAAUUUCGAUCCAUAAUGUCUCUCUGCAAACAUAGAAAAUGUAAAAAAUAAAAAUAAAAACCUUUUUCUCUC